AUGGCUAAUAUUACGAUCACGAUAUCAGUCGUCAAUACGUCCCAGUCUGUCGCCGAGCUAGCUGACAAGCUUGUCUCCAUCCAUACACUCAGACAGAAGAAAGCACUCCCUAAGCCAGUCAUUUACAUCGAUCUUGAAGGUUCGAACCUAUGUCGUGAAGGCUCAGUCUCUAUCUUGACCCUUCUCGUCGACCUAGAGACCUCACUGAAGCUGGCCUACCUUAUCGACGUUCACACACUGGGCGAAGGAGCAUUCAACACAGCAGGUGUAGGGAAAACCACCCUAAAGGAAGUAUUGCAGGAUGAAGAGAUCUUCAAGGUCUUCUUCGACGUUCGUAACGACUCCGACGCAUUGUUUCCUCAUUAUGGUAUCGCCCUUGCCACACAAGAGACUACUGGAUCGAGAAGAUACCUCAACGGACUGAAGAGAUGUUUCGAGACAACUUUGCCGGGUGCAUUCUCCCAACACCGAUUAGAUUGGUUAAAAGCCAAGAAUACGGGAGAGAAACUGUUCGAAGCCGACUACAAGGUAUUCAACGAGCGACCGAUCCCAACACCAAUCAUUGCAUACUGCGAAGGCGAUGUCCGAUGCCUUCCCCAAAUACGUAACAGACUGAUGGUGGGGCAGUCCCAGCGUUGGCAUGACCUUGUGCUUGACGAAAUAAAGAAACGCGUUGCAUCGACUCACGCGCUGGACUAUCAGCCUCAUAGCAAAGAUAGGGUUCUAGCUCCGUGGAGUUCUGAACAGAACGUAGCGUUGGACAGAUUAAAUUGUGAACCUACCAUGGAGGAGUGCUUAGAGGCGUUGUAA